CAUUUUGCUGGUGUCACAUCUCCCCAGAGUGAAGUCAGGCAAGCUCCAAAGCUGCUCAGACACUGCGUUAGGUUGAUGCCUGAUGACCUCUCAGUACUGGUCAGCAUUUAUAGCUGUGGGGGGAAGGCAUGGCAAAGACACCUGGAUGCUGGCAAUGUCUUUUCUGCGGCAAAGAGCAGCACCUGGCAGAUCUCCUCUCCCUCGAGUGUGUUGCCUCUGUUUGCUGCUUUUCCUCACAGAAAUCGUUUUUACCUAUCUCAGAAAAUUAAAGAAUGCAUGGGAAUGAAAGGAAUGGACACUUCCUUGCCUCAAAGGUGGAGUUAGCAGCUGACAGCUUUUAGGGAGCAGCUCUGGGUAACAUUUCUUUCCAGUAUUUUGCUGAAAAGAAGGUUCAGGGGUCAGGAUGACCAGCACCUAGUCUAGAAGCCAAGAGCAGAAAUGAAAGCAGCAGCUCUCUUCUGUAGCUGAGGUGGCAAAAGGCAAAGCUUCAGGGCAGUGCCCAGUGCCAAUGCGCUCUCAAGGAAAAGGCAUCAUCUGCCUGAUGGCAGAACCCUCGUGGAUCCUGUGGGGUUUAGGCCUUUCCUGCAAAGAAUCCACCAAGCUGUUCCCUUUGAAAGCCGGCUCUGCUGACUGGAAAUGGGACUGAUUUGCACCUUAUUCUCUGUGAGAAGCCAAAUGUACAAGAAGUCUCCAGAAAAGUAGAGUCCUCCCUGUGUCUUGUGCAUCGUAGACAAGCAGCUGCCAAUGGCUCUGGAAUCAGAACAUCCCUGUGUAAGGAUCCUGUGUUUUGAGGUCUUCUCCAUUUGUGUGAGCAGCAAUGGAAGCCUUUCCCUGCUCUGGCUGUGGCUGCAGCUGUGGCUGGACACUGAUUUCCUUGUAAACUGGAGACGGGAUCAGUGUCCAGAGGCUUUCCUCCUAUGUCUGUUACAGGGCCUCAGGCUUCUCAGAAGGCCUGAGUGGUGGUGCUUGGCACACAGACUGCAAGAAGAGGUGAGAGAAGGCCCAACUGGCAAGUUCCUGGAAAAAUCCCACCCCUGCACAGAUACAGAAAGAGAAAAGGGAGAAAAGACCCAGAUGAGAAUCUGUCGUGUUCCAUUUACUGUUUGCCCCAGGACUUUUUUCCCAUUGGACUUUAGUGACCUGCACUUGCAGGGACUAAAGGACUUCUCUCUCCGCUGCUGUUUUGUUUCCUAGGGUUUUGGCACAGUGUGCAUGGCAGUGGAGACUGCCACAGGAGAAGAGGUGGCCAUAAAGAAAAUUAGUCUCGUGCAAGAGAGUGGCAGCGAGCUGUGCCUGAAUGAAAUCCAGGUGAUGCGUGGCAAUAAGCAUGCCAACCUUGUGAACUAUCUAGACAGCUACCUGGUGGACGAGGAACUCUGGCUCGUGAUGGAAUACAUGGAUGGAGGUUCCUUGCACGAUGUCAUCAGGGAGACUCGUAUGGCAGAAGGAGAGAUAACAGCUGUCUCUCGGGAGUGCCUGCAAGGCCUGGAUUUCCUUCACUCCAAGCAAGUGAUCCAUCGAGACAUCAAAAGCCACAACAUUCUCCUGGGUCUGGACGGAUCUGUCAAGUUGGCUGAUUUUUCGCACCGCUGAGUAGAGCAAACGGAGAUCAGCUGUUGGGACCACUUACUGGAUGGCGCCAGAAAUCUUCACCAGGAAGCUCUAUGGCCCCAAAGUGGACAUCUGGUCCUUUGGCAUUGUGGGCAUCGAGAUGGUGGAAGGAGCGCCUCCUUACCGGAUGAAAACCUCCCGCACGGUUCAAGAGCUGAUCAGCAGCGGGGCCAGGCCAAAGCUGCAGAAGCCCAGGCAACAGUCUGCGUGGCUGCGAGACUUCCUGCACUGCUGCCUGGAGAGGGACGAGGACAGGCGCUGGUCUGCCCAGGAACUC